AUGGAGGGCGGUGAGCUAACAGAAGCGGCGCUCGGCAGCGCGGACGGCGGCGACGCGCCUGUGCACGUGCCAGAGGCAAACCCACCUGUGGCCAGCGAGGCGCCAGACGCCGAGCCCAACGUCGCCUCUGCCGGCGCAAAUGAAGAGGCCCCUGCCGUCACGACGCCCGAAGCAGCAGCACCGGAUGAGGCGGACAGCGGGGAGACUGCUGCCCCUGUGGUGGACGAGCAGCAGGAGCAGCAGCAGCAGCAGCAGGCGGGGGAGGAGCAGCAGGCCGAGCACGCUGAGAAGGAGCACGUGCAGCACCAGCGGGCAGGGCAGGGAGAGCAGGCCCAGGAGGAGCAAGAGCAGCAGCAUGAUGAGGGGCAUGCAGGCCCUGACGUCAGCGCGGAGGUAGCUCAGGAUGCCGAGGGUGAAAGUGGUGCGGGCAAGGGCGUUGCUGAGGAGGGCGGCAACGGUGGACACCAAGAGGCGUUUGAUGAGGACGGCGAGUUGGAUGCAGCGUUAGCUGGGCUGGAGCCUGAGCACUCCGAGGGGAAGGGCGCUGCAGCGGAAGUGGCUGCUCUUGAGGGCAAGGAGAGCGGGGCGAUCGCGGGAAAUCCCCACAGUGACACCGUGCCGGCGCUCCAAUUGCGCCGAUCAUGCGAGGAGCGGACGCCAGAGGAUCCGCCGGCCGAGGUGGCUGCGACUGCGGCUCCGAGCCACCCCGAGAAGGCCACUGCCAGCCCCGCCGAGGAGCAUCCUGGCGAAGCCGCGCACCCCAAACGCCACGAGGAGACGGCGGUGGAGAGGCUGACGCAGCCGACGGCGAUGCGCAUGCUCAAAGAGCUGGAACGCACCCAAGGAGGCAAAACAGAGUGGCAUAUUGCAAGCGGCGUGACUGCCAAGCAGAAGCGCCUGACCCCGGACGAGAUGACUGCCAUGGUGGAGCGCCUCUGCACAGUCAAGGCCGCCGCAGGAGGGGAGCUGGGGCGUCCGCAUGCGGUGCGGCUGGUGUACGAGGGCGUCAAGGAGACCUAUGUCCCGGUCAAAGAGGUGACCAAGCAGGAGAACAUCGAGUACAUGGCCAACCUAUACUCGCGCUGCCAGGUCUGCGGGGCAACUGGACCCUGA